AUGGCGCCCCAAGAUUCUUUCAUAGAAGAGGAGGAGGAUACCUGCCCUCUUUGUAUCGAGGAGUUUGAUCUCUCCGAUAGGAAUUUUCGACCAUGUCCUUGCGGCUACCAGAAUAAUAUGAAUGGGCUAUGUCCCGCGUGUCGACGACCCUACGAUGAGAAGACCAUACAGUGGAAAGUCGUGACGCAGGAAGAGGUCGCCGAGUUCCGUGCCAACAUACAAAAGAACCAAAAGAAGCGAGCUCAAGAACAACGACAGAAGGAAGUACAGAAACGCGAGGCCGAGAAGGAGAACCGUAAGAAUCUCAUCGGAGUGCGCGUCGUGCAGAAGAACUUGGUCUAUAUCACAGGCCUCGCCCCCACCGUGCGCGAAGACGAACUACUCAAGACGUUGCGAAAGCCCGAAUUCUUCGGCCAGUACGGCAACAUCCAGAAGAUUUCGAUUAGUAACCGAAAGAGCUCGGAUGGCCAACACCAGUCGCUCGGCAUUUACGUGACGUUUGAGCGCCCCGAAGAAGCGACACGUUGCAUCCAGGCCGUCCACGGUUCUCAGAACGGUGACCGAAUUCUCAAGGCCCAGCAUGGCACGACCAAAUACUGCUCUGCUUGGCUCAAGAACGAGAAAUGCGGCAACCCUGGAUGCAUGUUCUUGCACGAACAAGGUGACGAGGAGGAUAGCUAUUCGAGACAAGACCUGUCGUCCAUGAACAGCAUCCACACUCAGCGGCCUUUACCUGGCGGUGGGUCCUCGAGGUCUGCCUCUCGACAGCAGGCCCCUCAACCCACGCCGCCACCCGUCGUAUCCCAUCCCAUGACUCGCUCUGUUAGUAAGGAAGGGUCGGAGAAUGGCGUCGAUGGAUCGGCACUCCCGUCAUCUGCCAACUGGGCGCGGAAUCCUCAGCGAAGCCGUAGGGGUAGCCACGCUACUAGUGGUGCUGCGUCCAGCCCUGCUGUUUCGAUGUCGUUGCCUGUUACCGCAGAGGCUGUUCCGGAGGAGGCAGUGGAGGAUACCCAGGAGCCCGAAGCUGGCCCAUCGAUAGUCAGCAAGCCGAAGGAGCCUGAGCCUACGCCUGAGCCAAUCAAAGAAACCAAGGGACUCCCCGAGAGCACCCUCAAGGCCCUUUUGAAGGCGCUGCAGAGUUGCUCUCUUCCUCGUGUUGUUGACCCCGAUUCAGACGAUCUCGGCCCACCCUUGUUCGACGUCCGUGGUGGUGAAAAGCGCAAGGCUAUGCGCGAGGAGGAGGACUCCCGUUUAACCGGAGAGCAAGAGGAGGCUGCCGAGGCUCGCGAGCCUUCAGAGGGAGAACCUGAGACGGGUGGAAGCUUGGCCCUUGGAGGUGAACCAGAGGAUCGCGACACAACUGCUGACAGCCGAGGCUUUGAUCGUCGGCCCAGCACUCAGCCUCCUAUCCAACGAAGUACGACCGAUGGUAUAUUUGGACCUGCCCUGACUGGACCCAAUUUUAACCAAAGCUCAGGCAACCCAGGCUCGCGGUCCAUGACACCUCAACAACUCUUCCUUCGAUCCCAGAGCGGAUUCAACGAUGUCCCUCCUGGCAUCUCCAACCAAGGACAAGGCAGCACCUUUCAGGGACAAGGUCACAACCGCCAAUCUUCCCGAUUUAGCUUUGCCAAUGACAAUGCCAGCUCGGCUACCAAUGUCAAGCUUGCUGCUAACCCGCGCAUCAUGGCUCAGCAGUCGUCCAUGAUGCCCAACUCGUUCCAGUCCCAGGGUAACAACCAGUUCUAUGGCACCUCGAUGCCAGGACCUCCCCCUGGCCUCAAGUCAACUGGCACUCCUCCUAGCAUGUUUGGCCAGUUUGGUGGUGGAUUUGGAGGUGCACCCAAGGACAACUCGACUGAGCUUCUUCAAAGUUUGAUCAACCGCAGGGGGGCAGGCAAUAACCAGGCCCAUGAUGCGGGAAAGCCUCCUGCUUCCGGCCAUCCGGCGUCGCUCUACGGUAACCAGCCCGGAGCAUUCCAAGACAUGGGUUCCAAGCAGAAGAAGAAGGGGAAGAAGCACAGACAUGCUAACACUUCCUCCUCUGGGGGGAGUGGUUUAGUAGAUCUUGCAGACCCGAGUAUCCUGCAGGCGCGAAUGCAGCACCAGUCUCAGGGCAACGCCGGAGUUGGACAGGGCUUGUUUGGAGGUCAGAGUCAAGUCAGUCACAAGCGCAUUUUGAUUCAGCAGGCAGUUUGCGAGAUCAACGCUGCGCAGAAGGCCAGCUUUGCAUCAGGCGUCAUCUUCGUCCAUCAACGACCACGCGCGCAUGAGGGUUCAGGUCAGGCAAGCCAUCAUCGUCUUCCACAAGCCCUUAUGUAUGUUAACAAUGUCGAAACCGCCCGCCUAGGCUUGGCGGUUACCUUUGAUGACGAGCUACCCUCUCUCGACGAGGCCAGGAAUUCAGUUGAUGCGCUGGUCGCAGAUGAUCCCAUCACGGAGUUGGAUGGACGCCGUUCAGUACCCCCAGGCCUAGCCCUUCCGCCAGGUCUACCUACGAACAUCUCCAGGCCCCCGUCUACCCCUGGCUCCUCGAGACUUCACCACGUUGUCCCUGCCCUGCCCAAGGUUCCACCUCCAGGAUUCCCACAGGGUGCCUUGACUCCGGAACACUCGCCCCGAAAGCCAGUCACGCCAAGCUCCGAAGCCAAGAAGAACCUUAAGUCUCUUGCGGUCGAGAGUGGCUUGUCAAAGGAGAUCACGGCACAGUCGCAAACUAAGCAGAUGAAGGGAACCGCCUUGCAAGACGAGGACUUCCCGGCUUUGGAUGCACUGAAGAAUAAGGAUCGGCCUAGCACACCGACACCAAAGGCAACCCCCAAGGCUAAGAGACAGGCAGAGAAGAUUGUCGACAAGCUUCUGGCAAAGGCCGGGUCUAGCCUGGAGACCAAGAGUCAGGAUGUGAAGCCGGCGCAAAUCGCCAAAACGGCCGAGAAGAAGCCUGUUUCUAUUGAUACUCGGACCCCAGGAGCUUCGCCCUCCAAGGCUGGGGAGUCAUCGGCAACAACUGAGAAGUCGACGGCAGAACUCUCUGCUGCUUUCCCACCUCUCCCUACCCCUGCCGCCGCCGGUAUUUCAUCCCCUAUUACUCGCACUGCACCCAAGACGUUGCGUGUCGUUCCUACGCAAAGAGUAGAGGCCCCCGCGCCAGCUUCCCCUGCCUUGACGAUGGCCUCAGUCGCAUUGUCGGCGACAUCUAGAGUCAUCUCGGCUUCUUACAGACCCGAAACACCAGUCAGCGAGAUGGUUAGUGACACCGCCUCGGUGAUUUCGGCCUCUGUGACCCAUUCCCGCGCAAGCUCUCCACCUCCAAGCAGGAUUGGAUCUGCGGCGGUGAGAACGACGACCAAGAGCCAGCAAAGAAAGCAGCGCAAGGAUGCCUUGAAGCAGGAGACCAAGCUCAUUGCUGAAGCCCCGAAGGAACCGGAGGAGCAUGCACCGGUCCUUGGACGAAAGAAGAAGCAGAAGAAGGAGAAGCCUGUCAAGACACCCCAGCCCAGUCCUGCGACACCUGUCCAGGAGCCAGCCAAGGCUGAGCCCACUCCUACAGAGCCUUCUGUGCCAGAGCAACCCAAGGAGAAGGAGCCGGAAGAGAAGCCCGUCAAGAGCAAGGCUGCUCAGAAGAAGGCUGCCAAGGGCAAAGGCAAGGCAAAGGAGGUUGAGUUAGAGUUGGCUCCUACGCCGCAGUCACCUCCCCAGGAGCCUGCUACGACUGAGCCUGAGACCCCUGAAGUGCCAGAGAAGCCACAGCCAGGCCCCCCUUCUGUGUUUACAGAGAUCAAGAAUGCCCUGUGGUCCUCAAGCAUCGACAAGUUGCACCUACUCAAGCCUAUCUCAGGCAGCUCAUCCCGCACUGAUCCCAACUCUGCCAACAGCAACGCCAACAAGGCUGGCCAUUGCAAGGACUGCUCUUGCAAGUGUGGUGAGAUUCAGGAUGAAGAUCUGGCAGCUCUGCGCGCUGGAAAGCCUGUUCGCAAGCAGUUCCACGUGGAUGGCAGCCGGAUGCUCAUCACCCCCAACGGAGACUGCAUCCGUGGUCUUACCCCUGAAGAGGAGGAUGCUUUCCUUGAGCUCCAGGCUGCUAUCGCCGCUACAGCGGAGAACCCAGGAGCCUUCAUCGCUCCUCGACAUCAGCCAGGAAGCGGCGCCUUUUCUCUGAUCAAGGGCCGAGCCGUUCCCAACGGUCGACCCAACAUUUUCCCUGCCACCGCUCAACCUCAGUCGCAGGAUCCUAUUGGGAAGCUUCAACGUGAGGAUGCGCUCAGCUACAUCAACCAGUACGUCCUCCCUCGCCUCAACCUAGGGGCCACCAACAUGGGAUUCCCUAAGGGGGCAUCUCCUACCAAGGACGCGGCUGCUGCGAGCCUCAACUCUCUGGCGCCCUACUUCUACGGGCCUGAUGCUGCUGCUGGCGUUGGCAUCUACACACCACCUGAUGGAGCCCGAGCGAUGCAAGACUUUAGCUCGGCCGGUAUGUCGAGCGAGGAGCGUGGCAAGAACUUUGGCAUGGGUGUUAGUGGCAUGCCCCUGAUGAGCGUCGAGGAUGCUGAGGGCGCCCUUGCGGCUGCUCGUCGUGAGACGGAGAAGCUGGAGAAGGGACUGAACCAAGUCAUCCGACGUAACAGGCGGCUGCUUCUUGGAAACAGCAACUGA